CUAUAAAAAAAUAACAAUAACAAUUAAUACAGGUAGAAUAUGAAAUAGUUUUGAUUUUUUUAACGUCCACAAGCCGUAAUUAAUACAUUUUCUCACGCACCUUUCUAUGUUUGUGGAUAAUCCGCUUCAGUUAUUAAUUGCGUGAGACCGUUAUGUGUAUACUAUUCAAAUCGGUCUAUUGUAGUUCAGAUGUCCGCUGAUGGUGUAGUGUUUCUCUGGUGAUUGCAUCUACAAAAUUUGUUAUGUUAUUUGCUCAGUGUCACGCCCUGUCUACUGCUCUUGUAUUUAUAUUAUCUGUGAUCACGCUUUCAAAUGGCCAGGAUUACAGGUACCAAAUAUACAAUAGCCAAAAUUAUCCGCCCUCACAGAAUGCAUAUGAUCGGAAUUUGCCACAAUCGGCCAAUCCUUAUAACCCGCUACUAGACCAAUACGGUCAACAGAACAACUAUCAGCAGAACAGUUACCAGAAUCGACAGCCAUAUAAUCAACCCGGUCGUCCUGGAACGCCGUCAUAUCGACCCAAUGGACAAAAUUAUGCAAGUGAUGAUAUGCUAUUGCUUCCUGGGAUACUGGGUCGGUGGCGACCAGAUUUACAAGGAAAAGAGAGAACCGAUUCAAAACAAUUGGAAAGAGACGUAUUUGUGUCUACAAAAUAUGGUCAAGUUCAAGGAUUUAAAGUGCAUCUUUAUGAUAACCCUCUACCUGAGAAUGGUUAUAGACCUUUUCAAACACCUGUUGAACGAAAACAAGCUGAAGUAGCUGUGUUCUUAGGCAUACCAUAUGCAGCGCCACCAAUUAAUGAAGGAAGAUUUCGUCCACCAAGACCCCAUAAAGGUUGGCAGUCACAUCAAGCAGUAGAUUUUGGAGCUGCAUGCCCACAGCCAGCUAUUUACACUGGUAUUACCAAAGGCGUGCCAAAAGUAGACGAAGACUGUUUAUUUUUAAAUAUAUUCAUGCCAUCGACGGGUGUGGCUCCAGCUAAACCGUAUCCAGUCAUGUUUUACAUACAUGGUGGUGAUUUUGUUCAUGGCUCAUCAAAUUCUUUUCAUGGACAUAUGAUGGCAGCAUUUUAUAAUGUUGUCGUUGUAACUAUCAAUUAUAGAUUAGGAGCCUUAGGAUUUUUGAGUACCUGUGAUGAAAAUUCUCCUGGUAACUAUGGGCUUAUGGACCAAGCUAUGGCCUUACGUUGGGUAUAUGACAAUAUCGAAUUUUUCAAUGGUGAUCGUAAAUCAAUUACUUUGUUCGGACCGGAUGCAGGUGCUGCAUCAGCAGGAUUGUUAAUGGUUAAUCCCAAGACUAGUUUUAUGGUAUCAAAAGUUAUUGCCCAGAGUGGUUCAGCUCUUGCAGAUUGGGCACUUAUAAAAGAUAGAUGGAGGGCUUUAAAUACAACUAAAGUGUAUGCAGCUCAUAUUGGCUGCAGUACUGAAUCUACGUGGAAAAUUGUUGAUUGUUUGAAGCGUGGUAGGAGCUUUUUAGAACUUGGAUCAGAAUUCAAGCCUCAAAUUGGUUUUAAUGCUUGGGGGCCAAUAAUUGAUAAUGAAUUUUUGGUGCCUAAAAGUGAUUGGUAUGAUGGUUGGCAACAGUCAGAUUGGCAUUUCAUCAAUGAAUCAGUAAAAAGUGCUAUUCAGUUAGGUCAUUUUAACAAGGAUCUUAGAUACUUGAGUGGUGUCACCACUCAAGAAGCAGCAUAUAUAUUAUUUAAUAAUAAAACAUAUACAGUAACUGAAGAGUUCUUCAAUAACAAAGUUAAAGAAUUAGUUCUUCAGUAUAAUUAUACAUUAAAUCCAUCUGGAGUUUAUCAAGCUAUAAAAUACUUGUAUACUUAUUGGCCUGAUCCGAAUAAUCCAGAUUCAAUAAGAACACAGUAUAUAAAUAUGUUGUCAGAUUUUUUGUUUGUUGCUCCACAUGAUGAAAUUUCUAAAUUACUUGUAGCUGAAAAUGUUCCAGUGUAUAUGUAUGUUUUAAAUACCACCGUAACAAGUAUUCCUUUACCUGAAUGGAGACUGUACUCACAUGACACUGAAUAUUAUUUCUUGACAGGUGCACCUUUUAUGGAUAGUGAGUUCUUCCCUCGUAUUCCAGUUGUGGAUAAAAGAAAAUGGUCUGACAAUGAUCGUAAUAUGAGUCAUUUUUUUAUGAAGGCUUAUACCAAUUUUGCCACUUAUGGAAAUCCAAGCCAGUCUCAGAUUUUAGGAAUACACUUUGAUAUGGCAUUGAAAAGUGAUCUAAAAUACUUAAAUAUAAAUUCAACAUAUAAUACAACUAUUAAACAAAAUUAUAGACAAAUGGAAUCAGCAUUUUGGUCAGAAUAUUUACCUACUGUUAUUGGUAUUAUUGUACCAACAUAUCCUCCAACCACAGAGUUUUGGUGGGAACCUAAAACUCCAAUUCAAGUGGCAUUCUGGGGUCUAUCUGGCCUCAAUAUGAUUUUAAUUGCUCUGACAGUAAUACUUUGCAUAUUGUGGUGUAAUGCAAAAAAAACUAAAGAUCGUUAUUAUAAUGGUGAUGUAUUAGUUGUUAGAGAAGAACCAAUGGCAAUGAGCCAUCAAGGCAUUGAUAAUCGUAGUGUGACCAGUAAUAUUUAUGAAUAUCAUGAUGCCCCUAUUAAGACGUUACAUGCUUCACCCAAGAAAACAGCAUCUGCUAGUACUUUAAGAACAAACAGUGCAGCUUCUAUGCGAGAUCAUCCCAUGGCCAUAAAUGAAAAACCAGUACCACAAACUCAGGUUUAAACUUUAAACUAUUAUUGAUUUUAUAAUAGUUUAUUAAUGUUGUAUUUUUAAAUAUUUUAUAUUGAGCUAAAUUUGUUGAGAAUUCAGCCCUUUUAGAUAUGUAGGGAUACUUCUAUGAUUCCGUCCAUUGUUUUGGUUCUCAUUCAAUAUGCUAUUUAAUAUGAAUAUUUAUUAUUUUAUCUACCGUAAUUGUUGAUUUAAUAUGCUACCUACAAAAAAAAAAAAUUAUCUUUAUAAUGAGGUAUUUCUACUUUGUCAAUUUUUUUUAUUAAUAGUUUGUGUUAUAUAUAUGUAUUUCUUAAAGCUUUAAAGAAUGAUUCAAAUACAUUUUCCGUAGGUUGUACUGAGUGUUUCACUGUUCCUGAAGUGGGGACUUUAAUAUGUCAGUACAUGUUUUAAUGUUAUAUUAGUUUUUGACAUGUUUCCAAGGUGUUAGUUAUUGGGUUAAUGAAAUUUUCCAAAUAAAUAAUUGUCUUAUGAAUAAAUCCAUAUUAAUUUAAAGUUGAGUAUUCACGCCUCUUAUUGGAAUAUAUAGAAAUACCUUGUACAUAUUCAUUUGAAAUGAUUUGUGGUUAGGUAUUUUUAUCUUGCUUUUCUUCUUUGAAAAACGUCUUUCUAAAAUACCACAAUGCUUGCAACAUAAGCCUAAAAUCCAUAGUCUUUGAAAUUGUUAUCCAUAAUUUUGAUUAUUUACCAUCUUGUCUCAAUUCAAACUAUCUUCAUCUUAGUCUAGCUUGCAAUCUCUAAGACAUAAUCUUUUGUGAAUAUAUUUUAUUUUACUUUGGAACAAAGAUUCAUGUAUUUGCAUAAUUAUGCCAGGAUCUUCCAUUUUUUCACGAUUUUUAAAUUCAGUUACUGCUACGUCUCAACAUAAAUUGUACCAGUCGAUUAUAGUUGGUCUUGAUAUUUUUAUAAACACCUUGGCUUGCAUUAUCUUUAUUUGAAAUACCCAAUAUCAAAAAAGUUCUACAAUAUCACACACAUUUAAACCAUUAUUAUAUUUUCUAUUUCAAUUAUGCUAUUUGUAUCCCUAAAGGUAAAAAAGGUAUUUCUUUUGUAUAUUGAAUGAAAUAUUUGGCACCCUAUUUUAGUACAUCGCAAAAAUAUGUUUUUUCAAAUGUUUCUUUUUGAAUUUGUUUCCUACUAUUUUUAAAAACUUCUUUCUAUUCACCACCAAAAAUUGUUUGGUUUUUAAUUUUAGUAGAUGUUUUUUCAUUAGAUAAUAAAUUAUGGUUUUUUAAAAUACGUACACACAUUUCUUUAUUUUGAGUGAUUUGUUGAUACAAUUAAUAGUUGAAACAUUCAUACUAACAAUUAAGAAGUAAUAAUUAUAUAAUAACACAAAUAAUCACAGUCAAACUACAUAUAAUCAAUAUGACUCACAAAUACUUACUUAUUAAUUUAAUUUAUGUUUUAAUAACCUUAAUUUUAAUUUAAAAAUAAUAAAGUUUAUGUAGGUAUAUAGAGUAGAUAGCAUAUUAAACUGCCAAAUCUACAAUAGAUAGCAUAAUAUUGAAUGAGUACCAUUGUUUUUUGUUAGUGAAAAAUAAGUUAUUUUGUUAUGGUAGAUUUAUGUUUUUUUUAGGUGCCUUCUCUAUUAAGUAGCUAUAUUCCAUGUAUACCAUUAUUCCGUCCAAUUCAAUUGUUCUAUACAUUAGAAUUUUUAUUAGUAAACUAUCCGUCCAGGAAUAUAUUCAAAUAUUUUGUUUGAGGUAUUAAAUAUAUUUAUAUUAAGUUUAAACAAGUUUAUUUUAAUUACAUAUUAAUUUUUAUUUAUGACACAUUGUGAUGCACGAUACUUAAAAUUUUACAUAAACAUUUAUUUUUAAAAAUAAUUUGACUAUGUCUUAAAAUAUUACAUUAUUGUGUUUUCUAACUUAAACCAAAAUACAUUUUUAUUUAUUAAUUUUUAUUGAAAUAUGUGUGAAUUAUGCUCACUAAUUACUGAAUAAAUAAAUAAUUUAAUAAAUGUUAUGUUCACGAUCAAUUAAUUGAUUUUAUUGUUGUAAGCAUAAAGAAAUACAAUUAUUAAAGUAAUAGUAAUAAAUUAAAAUUUAUGUGAUAUAUAUAAAUUAUAAACCUACAGGUUGGCUCUCAAAAACAAAUUUAACUUUUUCAUUAAUGUAACUUUAAAAAGAAAACAUUUUAGUUAUUAGUAGUGUUUUUAAGUCACGGAAUACAUCAUUGUUUGUUAACAUUUUUGAGCUUUUUUAAUCAGUUCUGUAUAUAAAUCACAUAAUUCUAAUUUUUAUUUUAUUAUACACUUUUAUUAAGUAUUUAAUUGCUUAAAUAUUUAUUUUCUAUUUAUUUUCUAAAUGUUUUAUCAAUGUUAAAAUCUUGAAAACAUAUUUUUGUAACAUAUCUUAGUCAUUUAAUUAAAUAUUUUUAAUAAUAAAACAAAUAACAUUCAAUUCAGACAUUAAUACAUUGGUAUAAAAAUUUGAAUUAUUAAAAUUUUAUUGUUUUUUAAAAAUGAUAUCAGUUAUAGAAUUAUAAAUAAUGCUGUAAGCAGAAUAACUAUUUGUACCUUUAAGGUUUUAAUAUUUAGUAUAUUGACCAAUAUUUAAACUAUUAUUUGUUACCAAAAAUAUGUAUAGAAAUUGAAAACAAAGAAAUAUUAAAGUUGAUAGUAAGAUCUCAUAUGAAAUUAUAAUAUUAUAAGUUAUUAGUAUCUUGGUUUUGUAUAAAAAAAAUAUAAAAAUAAUAGUUAAUGUUUUUCAGAUUAGUAUUUAAUGUUCAAUUACUUGUUUUAACAAGGAAUAAUUAAUAUAUUGUGAUUAAAGUGAUUUUGAUUAUUGUAGUUAUGACAAUAUGAUUUUCAAUUAAUUGUAUUCAAUGAAAAAUAUAACAGAGUUCAUUGUAAAACAAUAAAUAGAUUUUACUUAAGUGGUUAUAUAAAAACAUUCUAUUUUAAUUUUUAGUGAAUGUAUUUAGAAGGAUUUAUUUCAUCAUCACUUAUAUUAGUUUAUAUUUUUAUACUCAUUGAAAAGUUAUUUAACAUCCAUUAUGAUAUAAUUACAAAUAGAAUUAUUAUUUAACUAAUUAUUUAUUUAAAUUAAUGUUGUAUAAUUAAUGCCGAUCUAUUAUAAUUAAGCAUGGACCAUCAAUAUAAGUUUUAUGUUAUUAAAUAUGGACAACAUGUCAGUUAAAAUGACUAUAGUCUUCGAGUUUUUAUUUCUAAAAAUUUAAAUUUCAUCAAAAAACUAUAGUAUGUAUAUGUUUUUAAAUUUAGUGUCGCAUGUAUUUAUUAUAGUAAAUAUGAUUUGGAUAGCUCUUUCAUUUCCAUCAAAUACAAAUUAAAUAUUAAGUUUGUUUUUAAUUUUUAUCAUUUAAUAAGUAAUAUUUUUGUAUAAACGAUCUGAUAUUUUUUUAUUAAAUCUAUAUAAUAUAAUUUAUGUAAAAAUAAUAUUUUUUUAUUUUUUGAUUAUAUAAAUUAUUUUGUAGUGCUACGUCUUUAUUUAUGAAAUGUAUGUUUGAUCAAAUUAAUUUUUAAAAAAUAUUUUCCAAACAAAGAAUGAUUGUAAUGUGUUCAAUAGUUAUAGUAUUAAUAAUUUAAAAUUUUUUUGAAAGAAAUAAUUUUAUAAAGUAUUUUGUUUUAUAUUUAUAUUUUCAUUUUAUUAAAAAGUAUUUUUUAUAUGCAUUAUUUUAUAACUAAUUAAUUAAAGGAUAGUUAUUUUUAUAUAAUGAUAAAAAAAUAUCACUUUUUUGAAUACAUGUAUUUAUGUCAUUUAAUUUUUUAUAAAAUGACAUGUAUUAUAAUAUACAUAAUACAUAUAUUAAUACAUUUUUAGUAAUUAU